AUGGCAACUUCACGGAGAAGAGUUGCCAAAAAGACGACAUCUUCGAGAACGGCACAGCUAGAGGAGAAGCUCGAUGAUCUUGUCUCCAUCUUACGUGCAACUCAGUCUGCCAAUGGUGUCCAUCCACAAACUCCCCCUACUACUACUCCUGGCUCUACCACGACACAUCCUCCUCCCCACAACUCUUAUUGUCCCUCGUCUGUACUUCACACCCCCAGUCGUUUAGACUCGCUAGCGACUGCUGCCACUUCAUCCUCGGACAACUUUUCGAGCAUGCCCCAUGCUUUCGGGACUGCUAGCUCAAUAGAAACCCCGAUGGAGUCGGCACCGCUUCCCAGCGAUGACAGCUAUCUGCUUCCGGAACCGACGCCGGCAGAGGCAGAAAUCUAUCUAGACAAGUUUCGAUCUUGGCUACCGAGAUUUCCCUUUAUGGUCUUGCCUAAAGAUCAGACAGCUGAGAAUCUCCGCAAGGAGAAGCCCUUUCUGUGGCUAUGUAUCAUGAACAUCACCACCACAUCCUAUCCUCAACAAGUAAAGAUGAAGGAGCGUGUUCGUCAAGAGGCCGCUCAGAGGGUCAUCGUUGACCAUGAGAGGAGCAUGGAUGUUCUUCUGGGAAUUGUUUGUUACAUUGCUUGGCAAGUUGAACUACUAGCUCCACCCUUCAUCAUCACAUUCUGUCAGUUGGCGGUUACGUUGGUUUAUGACCUCAGCUUGAUGAAGGCCCCGAUUGAGGAGCAAUACUUUACAAUCUGCUUCAAAAUGUGGGGAGGCCGGCCUCCUCCACCCCGGCUCCGAACUCCGGAAGAGCGGAGGACCGUCGUGUCACUCUGGUUUCUGACCUCAGUAUACCAACUCGUUGCCGACGAAGCACAGAAGCUUUUAGUUCGCGAUGUCAUGGGCGAGUCGAGCCAGGCGCCGACAUAUGUCUUUAGAAGGGGCCUCCUUAAUAGGUUGCAGGAGAUCCGUGAUGGACUGUCUCCAAGCCCAACUCCGCACAAAGGAGUUCUGGAGGCCCAUUCGUUGGCGACCGAGGUGCUGGUCAACUCGGUUGGACUCUUCAUGCAGACCAUUCCCAUGAACCAACGCAUUGAAAGUAUGUACUCAUGCCUCAAAGCAAUCAGAGGAUGGUAUGAUGUCUUCUUUGGCAUGCCACCCGAAGACCUACCAGGUGCUCCUUUUGCUCUCUAUAUACAGCUCUCGCAGAUCCAAGUUGCCCUAUACAGGCUCACAACCUCUGAGGAUCCUGCCUGGGACAAGGAUCUCGUGCGAAAUACGGCCGACUUGCUUGUGCUACUCGACCAGGUCAUCGAAUUGUUCACCCGAUUGGAUACCGUAUACCCUUUCAGGGCAAUGAUGGAUGAGGAUUCGCUGUUCACCAAGGGAGCCAUGAUCAUUCGCAACAUCCGUUCUUCAUGGGAACCUAUUUUAUCGCGACAUCUGGGAAACACUCCAUCAUCCUCGAGUCAAGUAGUCCCCAGUCGAGCAAGAAUGACACCAAAUCCGGCCCAGACCUUUAUGAAUCUUCCAGACCCGAAUCUUCUCGACUUCGGGGACAUAACAUGGAUGUCGGAUGUCUUUGGGCCGUGGGAGAUGUGA